UCACUUUAAUGCCGCUGUCAGUCACCUCUGACUGGCUGGACGACGGAAACGAGACCACCGGGAACCAGUUCCAGCAGCCCGACUGGCAGCUGGUCCAAAUGCAGACGGGAACCUGGAAUUGACGUGCAAAGCAUUUUUAAUGGAGAGAGGUAAACUUAAAGACACCUGGAUGGUUGCAAAUGGUGACGCAAGAAACUGCAACGGAAGGAUUUAUUUGUAUUGUAUUUUAGCUUUUCUUAUUAAAUCACCAUAUUCUGUCGCCACCUCUGUCUCUGCAUUUGGGUCCAACAUCAACCAUUUAACACAUCAUAACAAGAUAAUAUUAAAAUUUUGGGAAUAACUGAAUUUAUUUGGCUUUUCCAAAGUUCUGAAUAAAUUCACAAUUAAAAGUAGCAGAAACAAUCACUUCGUAUCACUUUGUGUGUGUUAAAUACACAAGUUGACCAUUUUAAGCGGAUUUACUGAAAUAAAUACACUUCCUGGUGAUAUUCUAAUUUAUCAGGAUUUGUCUGAAAGAGACAGAUUGCAACUGAUAAUGGUUCAACUCUUCGUUUCCCAGUGUUCUCCUCCCCUCUCCUGAUUGUCUUCCUCCUCCUCCUCUUCCUCUCAGGUGGCUCUGUGGGCCAUCGCCUACUCCCUCAUCAUCCUGGUGUCCAUCACCGGGAACGUCACUGUGAUCUGGAUCAUCCUCGCUCACAGACGCAUGAGGACCGUAACCAACUACUUCAUCGUCAACCUGGCUUUUUCGGAUGCCUCCAUGGCAACGUUUAACACCCUCUUCAACUUCGUCUAUGCGCUUCACAACGACUGGUACUUCGGCCUGGGUUACUGCAGAUUUCAGAACUUCUUCCCCAUCACGGCCAUGUUUUCAUCGAUAUACUCAAUGGCUGCCAUCUCAGUGGACAGGUACAUGGCGAUCAUCCACCCGCUGAAGCCUCGCCUCUCCUCCACCUCAACAAAGGUGGUAAUUGCCCUGAUUUGGAUUGUCGCCUUCUCGCUGGCUUUCCCUCAGUGCUACUACAGCGUAACGACAUUUUACAACCCCAGGACGGUGUGCAUGGUCGACUGGCCGGAUGAUUACGGAGGAACCCACCAGCUAAGUUACCAGUUUGCGGUGAUAUUGCUGAUCUACUUGCUCCCCCUGCUGGUCAUGUUGGUGACCUACAGUUUGGUGGGUCGCUCGCUGUGGGGCGGACACAUCCCCGGAGAGGCGACCGAGCAUUACCACAGCCAGAUUACAGCCAAGAGAAAGGUGGUGAAGAUGAUGGUGGUUGUGGUGGUGACUUUUGCCCUCUGCUGGCUGCCUUACCACGUCUAUUUUAUUCUGGGGUCGUUUAACAGAGAUAUUUAUAAGCAACAUUACAUUCAGCAGGUGUAUCUGGCUAUUUUCUGGUUGGCGAUGAGUUCCACUAUGUAUAAUCCAAUUAUUUACUGCUGCUUGAACCAAAGGUUUCGGGCCGGUUUCCGUCACGCUUUCGCUUGGUGUCCCCUCAUCAAAGUGUCAGAGGAAGACAAGAUGGAGCUGCAGUACACGCACACCUUCAGGGUCACAGUGACACGCAGCCGCCGCAGUGACACCUCAUCCAUGCACGCCUCCAUCAAAGCAAGCAACGCAAACUCAGAGAAAGACGCUUGCUUACAGCGGAAAAAGUUCCCAUGCAGCAGUCAAAACUCCCAUGUGAUUACGAAGCAGGACGACUGCAGACCCCCACCGUCUAAGAUGGUGACUCACGACCUCUGACCUCUGAGCCGCAUCAUGUUGAAAACACAGCAGAAAGAGCAGGAGCUGAGGAAGACGUUGGAGAAAGAUCUGCUCAGACUUGGAAAUCUACUGAGGGCUGUUUGUAAAGUUACAGAAUAAAAACUACAAAUAUGUUUUGUUUAUUCAGCCUGACACAGAGAAAACAAAUAUAGUGUUAAUCAUUUCAACGUCGUAUUUUCACCAUGUUGUUCAUACAUUUAUAAAUGUCAGAGGUCCAAACAAAAUAUUUAACCUGCAACCUGGAUAUUUAGAUCACAAGCUAAAUAUUUAGUAACCUAGAUAUUUAAUUAGCAAGCUAUAGAUUUAGUUUGAAAAAUAUAAAAUAUACAUGUUUAGCUUGGAAAUUAAAGGUUUAGUUUUGAAAAUAAAUAUUUAGUAUGGAACUAAAUAUUUAAUUAGCAAA